GCGGAGUUAGCUGGUCAGCUGAUUCCGAGACGCAGGAGAAUCACCCUGUUGAAGCCGAACUACACCGUCUGUCGAGGGGAGCACUCUCUGAAGAUCCUCAAAGGCUUGCAGAUGCGCCGCCGCGAGUCCAAACAGCAAGUGGUGACCCAGGUGCUCUGGUCGCUUCACGUUUUAAGCGCCGGGACGCUGAACGAGGGCACUGUGAUGCUGAUACUGCAGUUUGUGGACCCAACGCUGUCUCCUGCGGACAAGUGCUAUG